AUGGGCGUGGCACUGACAAGAGCAGCUCAGUGGACUACUGCUGGUUCUGGGACUGGCACACUAGAAAUCACGCCACUGAAUGAAUCUCUGCUAAAUGAAAUAAUUAAGUUUACUGAAAGCUUCAGCAGCAAACACCCUCAAGAAGCUGCUUUCACCUUCAAGGAGCCACUUGAAUGGCAGACACAGCUGGAGCCUUCUGCAUUUGAAUCAGGCUACGAGGUCAGAGAAAAAAAAGUUCAGUCCCAGGAAACAGACAAAGAUGGACAGCCGUUGCUCGAGCUCUCUGGAUCAACCAUCAAAGUUCGCAGCUUUGCACAGCUGUCUCAUUUGCUGUAUGUCGCUGGGGAAAAAAGGCUAAAAGAAGCACAAGCGUGCCUUCAAGUCAAUAGAGAUCCCAUUGUGAAAAUUCUUGGCCCUGGAUAUGGGACCAUUGAAGGAGAGGAUAUGUCCAUGCUUCGUUUAUUAGACAAAGUGAAAAAAGAUGAUGCUGCUGAUACCGAAAUGAAAAUGAAAAUUUCCCUUCUUCUCCAGCAACUGGAUAUGCAGCUACUCAACAGCUCUUUGAAACAGAUUUCACGAGAAGUAAGAUUAACUCCCGCUGCUGUGAAAAAUGAAGUAGAUCUGCUUAAGCGUUUCUCUGGUGCAAGGGAAAAUGCAGUCCUUGAAUCGCUGGAAUAUACAUCAGACUAUGAAUUCUCGAAUGGAUGCCGUGCCCCACCUUGGAGACAAGUCCAUGGGGAAAUUUGCUACUUGAUCAUUAAACCAUGUGACUCAGAUGCUAUGUAUGUCACUUGCAGCACGGCAGGAGUAUUUUUAAAUGGAGGAAGAGAAAAAGAAAGAGAUGAAAUCAACUAUGAGAGAAAGAGUGACAUAUAUAAAGACCUUGUCACGUUUUUAAGGGAAAGAUCAGCAGCAUUUGUAGAAAAUAUGGCUAAACAGGAAUACACUUUUUUUGAUGAACCAAAGUAUGAAAAACAUUAUCAGCAUAUGGAAGCGGUUGAGGCAGAUGAAUAUGGCCAACCCCAAAAGUUUUAUGACUAUUCAGAAAAGAAUGUAUUUGAGAAGCCUAAGAGUCCUCUUGUAAAAAGCAAACUUACUGACAGCAAGAAAUUAGAACCAUCUCUAAAGUGGAAGACCAUGACCGGCUCCCAAGUAGGCAAAGCAGCAAAGAAAGAGAAGGAAGAAAAGGAAAGCAAAUCUUCCCCUUCCGAAGGAAAGAAGAAACCCAGCACAGCAUCUUCUCCUUCUUCUAAAGGUAAAUCUUCAGUAAAAGUUGAAGAUGUUAGUGAAAGUUCUUCAGAGAGUGAGGAAGAUGAAGAGCAACCUGAACGUCACCAGGAAAUAAACACAGAUUUGCCAUCCGAAUACUGGCAAAUUCAAAAAUUAGUGAAGUAUAUAAAG